GGAUUUUUUAAAAAUUAUUUAAUGUCUUUUGCAAACCAAAUUCCUUCACAUUCCCCAGCUCAACAACAACACCAACAUCAAUUAAUGAUGGAACAAAUGAAGCUUAAUAAUCCUCAAAAUGUUGGCCAAACAAAUUCUAUAAAUCCAACAAAUUCUGUUAGUGUUGUUGACUCUGUUAAAACAAUCUCUUCUGUUGCUUCUAGUUCGCAGAAUUUAAAGGCUCUCUUACCUCCCGUCCCACCCCAGUGUGGUCCACCAACCGUUUCUUUGGCUUUACUACUUGAUUUUGCUAUUCAUCAAACUGCACACGAAUUACAAGUUUUAUAUACGCUCAAUUUACAGAAGAAAGCGCAAGAUCGAACAAUCAGUGUUGUCCAGUUUGCCCAUUCAACUCGUCUAGUUUUUGUUCGUUUAUUGGCUAUUGUUCGGUGGCUUAAAACUAAUCGAAAAUUUGAACCCCUUUCUUCUAUACGCUUUUUAUUGGAUGAGCAAGCAGCUAGAUAUGUUGAAACUGCAGACAAGCUUGUAGAAAUUGCGAGAAAUGAGUUGCCUAAUGCUAGGUAUAAAAUUAUAAAUUAA